AUUUCGCUUCACCACAUCCACACCACCUCCUCCACAACAGCGAAAUGGCAUUCAAGCUGGUAGUCCUCGCUGCCCUGGUGGCCUGCGCCCAGGCUGGCCUCAUCGGCACCCCCGCCAUCUCCACCUACGCCGGCAGCUACGGCUACGGCGCCCCCCUCGGCCUAGGCUACUCCGCCCCCAUCAUCACCAAGACCGCCAUCGCCGCCCCCCUGCACUCCGGCCUCGGCUACUCCAGCCUGGGCUACUCCGGUCUCGGCUACUCCGGCCUGGGCUACUCCGCCCCCCUCAUCACCAAGACCGCCAUCGCCGCCCCCCUGCACGCCCCCAUCGCGCCCAUCGCCCCCCUGGGCUACUCCGCCCCCAUCAUCACCAAGACCGCCAUCGCCGCCCCCCUGCACUCCGGUCUCGGCUACUCCAGCCUGGGCUACUCCGGCCUGGGCUACUCCGCUCCCCUGGGCUACUCCGGACUUGGCUACUCCAAGCUGGGCUACUCUGGUCUUGGCUACUCUGGUCUGGGCUACUCUGCCCCCCUCGGCUACUCCGGCCUGGGCUACUCUGGCCUCCACCACCUGUAAAUUCAAAGACUGACUAGCUCCUCGUUAAGUGUGAAAAAUAUUUAAAAACAACAAUGGAAAUAUGAAUAAACAAAAAUAAUUUCCAUAACAACAAAAA